GCCUGAGCUAGGAUAGGAUAGGCUGCGGCUGCACUGGCAGCCAGAAGUGCUACAGAAGUGGGCAGCACCCAGCUGCGAAAUUUCAAGGAGAUUGCAAGGCGCAGGCAAUCUGUAGAAUUUCCACUCCUGUUCUUGUGCUAAUCACAUCUGGUGAUUUCUAGCUGCACGCGCAGGCUACUUUGAGGCGAGGCCUUGCAAAGGGUUUCAUUUUAGAAUUACAGGCACGAGCUUCGCAAUGGGCACGCACUUUGCACCGAUUGAUAUCGCUUAUGUGAUGCGCUAGCUGGACGCUAGCAGAGAGCUGCAAUCUGUUUUCGAAGCUGGUGGAAGUCACAACGUGUAGGCAGCUCUUCUCAUUAUACUUGCAGAGUGCAGUGCCCCCGGAUCUUUGUAUGCACACAUCCUCUGCUCAGGACAUUUUUGCACAGCAUUUCAGAGGAAGCAUCAUAUCAAACCUAGUGCAUCGAUGGGUUCCUCGCUCAUUUCGUCGCAUGGUAUCCUCGACCUUACACUUGUACCUUUCAGUAUGAUCCUCUUUGCACUAUACCAUCUCUGGUUGUACUACCGGAUAAAGAAAGACCCUCUGAAGACAGUGAUUGGGGUCAAUCAUCUGGCAAAGCGAGCGUGGGUGCGGGCCAUCUUGGCUGAUCAAGACAAGAAGAACAUCCUGGCAGUCCAGACCCUACGGAACUCGGUCAUGGCCUCCUCCUUGUUUGCCACCACCGCCAUCGUGCUGAGCUCAGCAAUCGCCACAAUCGUGACCACAAAAGACAUCAGCGCAUUCGCGCCCGUCGUCCUGGGGUCCAAGAACUUCAACGUGCUGUGGGCCAAGUUCGUGCUCAUCUUCAUCGCGUUCGUGGGGGCUUUCAUGUGCCACAUCCAGAGCAUACGCUAUCUCAACCAUGUCGGCUUCUUGAUCAACAUCCCUAUGGACGCAGAGACUGGCGACAUCACUCCAGAGUACGUAGUGGCGGGAUUGGUGCUGGGGGCUAAUUGGUACACCUUCGGGACUCGGGGCUUUUACUUGGCCUUCACGCUCAUGCUGUGGCUCUUUGGGUCGAUUCCCAUGUUCGUCGGGAUCAUGCUGCUAGUGCCUUUUCUGUAUUACCAGGAUACGAGUGUGGGGAAGUAUGAGAAGACGUGGAAGGAGAAAGAGAGCAAGAAGGGUGGGUCGCUCGUGGAACAGAUCCAGAGGAGGGCUUGGCGGAAAGAGUCUCGGACUGGGUCGGUGGAGAAGGUUGAACCCAUUCCCGAUAUUGAUUAGACCUUGAUUCAAAGCGAGCACGCUCAUCAUAGACACAAGGGAUUGACAUAAACUAAAGUUAAGGUUCAUUAGAACCGAGUCAGGAAUGGCUCAUGGACUUUUGAAUUAGGAAAUGUUCAUUGGUCCGAAGGACAGCCUGCUGAUAAGAUACUGAAGAAUCGUUUAUAGCCAGCUCUAGAUGAUACCUUUUGUGCAUCGCGUAUAUCGGCCGAGUCGAUAAACUUUUGAGCGUCCUGCCGCUGGAGCAGAUUAUCCAAAUUUAACAAGCAAUGACCAGCAACGCGGCCGCAUUGCAC